AUGGGUUGCUCUCAGGAGCUCAAUGAAUUCAAGCAUGAUACUGUAAUAGGUUGUCACCUGUGCAAUAAGUCCAUCCGUGACAUUUCCUUGUUACUAAAUAUUACACAGCCAACUGUUAGUGGUUUUAUAACAAAGUGGAAGCAACUGGGAACAGCAGAAAUUCAGCCACAAAAAAUGACAGAACGGGGUCAGCGCAUGAAGGGUUAGGCUUGGCACCUUAGUUCCAGUGAAGGGAACUACUAAGGCUUCAGCAUACCAAGACAUUUUGGACAAUUUCAUGCUCCCAGCUUUGUGGGAACAGUUUGGGGAUGG